ACGCAGACGGACAUACGCUGAGAUGCGUGCGCUCGGCCAAGAGUCUUCAGGUGGUGCUGAUGGCUUAUGCGGAGGUAGUGUGCAGUGGCCGUACAGUCGCACUACCCAGGCUAAGUGCAGUAGCCACACCCACACAACAUGCUAUUCAGGUGAGAAGGAAGGAUGUGUGA